AUGGAGGAAGCUUCAUCAUCUUCUGAUUAUCCUGCUGUGUCAGAAGAAGGAAAAGAAGAAUAUCCUUUGUUGGAAGAAGAUGAAUCAUAUAAUGAUGAUAGUAGCAGCACCUACCAUUCCCUUCCUAUGCAACAUAGCUUGGGCUCUAGACGUUACAAUGUCGAUGUUCAAGUUAUGGAUCAUAGUAAAGAUGACAAUAUGUAUUACCAAGACUCAGAUAACAUGAGCACUAGUGAGAAUAAGGGCGAUGAUAAUCCUAGGAGUCAAGUGAUUCUUGAUCAAGAACGUUUUCUUCCUAUAGCGAACGUAGCCCGUAUCAUGAAAAGAGUAAUACCUGAAUCAGGCAAACUAGCCAAAGAAGCUAAAGAGUGUGUCCAGGAAUGUGUAUCCGAAUUCAUAUCUUUCCUAACGAGUGAAGCCAGUGAUAAAUGUCUUGCUGAAAAGAGACGAACUAUAACUGCAGAUGAUCUGCUCGAUGCACUCGCUUCUACUGGUUUAGUGAAAUACGUUGAUCCUGUUAAAGCGUUGCUCAAUAGACAUAAAGCAUCUAACAAAUUUACGAAUAGUAAUGGUAAUAUACCUAACCGAGGCUCCUUCGCCGAUUAUCAAGAGCAACCUACCACUUCAGGAACUCAAGCUCCAAUAAGCACGAACUCAGCUCAAAUGGUGACUGUUAUUCCUACAGGAUCUCAUCCUUUUUCCAGUUCUGGGUCUUCAUAUGCCUUUGUGAUGCAACCAGGGACUGGUAAUGGUCCCCAACUGAUUUCGGCAAAUAGUUUCAUCGAGAAUAAUGAGAGUGAACUGUCGGAUAACUCUCGGGCAAUGUCGGCAGUUCAAGAAAACUCUCAUAAUACUAAUAGUUUCCCAACAAAUCGAUCUAUUGUUUUCCAAGAUAACAUGCUCAUUGAUUCUAACGUUACCGGUGAAUCUCAGCAGUUCCAAAUUAUAACGCAACAAGGGCCCAUAUUUGCUACAGGUGAAGACGGAACCGCAAUCACUCUUGUCCCCGGUGGUGAAGUACUGAACGGUGAAGAAGCUCCUUCAAAUCAAGGACCUGUUGUCCAAACACAAAAUAUGCAAAUAUAUGUAGAUCCUGUUACAAAGCAACAUUAUGUUGCUGUUGAAACUCCGGAUGGACCUCCUCACUUGUUUCCUAUCACGAUUAAAGAUGAACCUGUUACAAUGAACAUAGCGGAAAGUGGAUUAUCUUCUGGCUCAACAUCUUUCGUAGUACAAACAACUACGGCACCAAAACCUUUGGAACCAACAGAACAUUCUGAUAAUAGUAACGAUGGACCUCCUGUGCUUGAACCCGUCAUAGAAUCACGACAUGGCAGGAUCGAGCAAGAACAUAUUAGGCGUACAGAACUGGGAAACGUUAGAUCAGUGCCGUAUAUUGUUCCAUCCAAAAAGUGA